UCAUCACUCCUACACUGUCAACUUCCCUCGUAAACUAUCUCUCUCUCUCUAUAUCUGUCUCAGAGACGGAAGCACUAUCUUCCUCGACUGGAAGAACGCUGCCAUUGAAAACCCUCUUACUCCGAAGAUGUUGCAAGAAAUGUGGAACGCUCCUCCUGGUUUUAGACCCUCCAAGUCGGCUCCUUCCUCACCAGCCAAGCCUCUCGGGAUUUCAAGAACUCGCUCCGAUUGCUUCCAUGUGACCCACAAGGUUCCAGUUGGCGACAGUCCUUAUGUCCGAGCCAAGAACGCUCAGUUGGUGGAUAAAGAUCCGGAGAAGGCAAUUCCUCUGUUUUGGGCAGCCAUUAAUGCUGGGGAUAGAGUGGACAGUGCCUUGAAAGAUAUGGCUAUUGUGAUGAAGCAGCAGAAUCGAGCCGAAGAAGCUAUUGAAGCCAUCAAGUCGCUGCGACAUCGGUGUUCAGAUCAAGCCCAAGAGUCGCUUGACAAUAUUCUUCUGGAUCUUUACAAGAGAUGUGGGAGAUUGGAAGACCAAAUAGCAUUAUUGAAGCACAAGUUGUACUUGAUUCAACAAGGGCUGGCUUUCAAUGGGAAACGAACCAAGACCGCCAGAUCUCAAGGAAAGAAAUUCCAGGUCUCUGUGGAACAAGAAGCAACUAGGCUAUUGGGGAACUUGGGAUGGGCACUAAUGCAGCAGAACAACUACAUUGAAGCAGAAGAUGCUUAUCGGAGGGCACUUUUGAUUGCCUCGGACAACAACAAAAUGUGCAAUCUUGGUAUCUGCUUGAUGAAGCAGGGGAGGAUCAUUGAAGCCAAAGAAACCUUGAGGCUAGUGAAACCGGCGGUGGCUGAUGGCCCAAGAGGCACAGAUUCUCAUCUCAAAGCCUAUGAAAGGGCACAGCAGAUGCUCAAGGACCUUGAAUCUGAAAAGAUGAACAAAGGAGGGGACCGAGUGGAACAGCGGAGGCUCUUUGAUGCUUUUCUCGGUUCUUCAUCUAUCUGGCAGCCUCAGCCUUGCAAGGAUCACGCUAGCUUGCCUAUAUCAUCAAAUUCAGUCACACCCCAGGAUGGCUUUACUGAUGAGAAUAUCAAUUCGAACAUAAUGGCAAACCAGAUAAAUAUCAAACAAAUUGCUCCAAAUGCCAAUUUCCUAAACGUCGCUGCACCACCGUUUUUUUCAUCAAAAUAUAUGAAGGAACCGAUUCAGAAAGACCCAGUUGAAAAUCAGUUUCCUGACAGCCUUAAGAGAACAAGAUCUGGAAAUGCUGCCAGUUCAAUCAGAGUAAACGAUAUAGUAGAGACUGGGAAACCGCUUUUGGAAUCAGGAAAGUCAGAAAACAAGACGCGAAGGUUGUCUGUUUCAUCUGAAGAAGCAACAGGUGUCGAGCUGACAGAAUUUUUGCCGGACAACAAGGAUUUUGAAGAUGCUAUCAUCGCUGCAGUUUUGGGCACGGAUGAUGAGGCAGGGAAAGCAGCUGAUAAUGGGAUAUUUAAGAGGAAGAUUGAGAAGAGGCUUAGGGUUUUUCGAGAUAUCACAUUGUCUUUGAGUCCCAGAGCCUGACUUAAACUAGUCUUGGCAUUUCCAGCUAAAUUUAUUAAUAUCAGUUUUAUAGUUUUAGGUGGGAGAUGCACUUGUUCUCCUUUCACUUCAGUUCCUGGAAAGCCACCAAUGCAUGGUAGCAAUUCUUCCUGUUGAAGCAAUCUCAGAUUAUCAAUGCCGGUCUGCUAGGCAGAAGAAGUUUAUUAUUUUUAUUCAUGUGCUCUUCAACAUGAGAGGUUUAACAUAAUAAUUAACCUGAUUUAUAUCAUUUUCUGUAUUGUAGAAUUAUGAAUAAAAGAAUAUGUACCUAAUUUUCUAUCGUAGUGCUUGAAGUGAAUGAUAAAUUCU